ACUUUGCACUUUCCUUAAAUCUUGAAAAUAUUGAACUUCCAAAGUAGGUGUUGUAAAUAUUUUACAACUGAAUAUCACAGCCCUUAUAGUAUGGAUGUGCAGAGACAGCCACUGGCUGAUGCCAAUGGAGUUCUACAAUCUAGACUUCCCAAGCCAUCUGGCCUGAAACCACCUUCUCAACUGAGACCUCCAUCCUCCCUGAAACCCCCAUCUGUAUCUGCAAAGAGGAUGAGAAGUCCAGACUUGGAAAUGGACCAGAAAUGUCAGAAACUUGACGACUCCACCAGUUCCAAUACAAGUGUGGAGAGUGCAAGAAGUAGUACAGGGAGCACCAAAGGGAGCAGUGCUAAACCUGGAAUUGUAACCAGGAAACCUCCAGCUAAGACAGGUCUAGUCAACACCAGGGUAGGAAGCACUGCCACUAGAGGGAUUGUGAAACCAUCAAUAAGACCAGCUGCAACCAAACCUGCAGUGACAGCAGCUAAGAGAGCACCACUGUCAAGGGCGACCAGCACAGGUUCAUUGAACAAGAAGCCUGCCCCAUCUGCCACGAAGGCACCAGCAACUAAACCCACGACUGCAGCGCCAGCAGGUGGCAAGAAGCGCCAGCCAUGGGAUCUGAAAGGUCGUCUGCAAGACAUGGAAAACAUCCUGUCCGACAACCAGGCCAACAACGCGGAGUUGCGCAAUGUUCUGGAGAACAACAACGCCCGUAUUGCAAUGCUAGAGUCCAUCAACCAGCAGUUACAGGGGACAGUGCAGCAGAAGGAACUGCAGACCAAGGAAGUGUCUCAGGAGGUGGAAGAGCUGCAGAGGAAACUCAGGUUAAACCAGGAAGAGAUAGAAACUAGCACCAGAAAGUUGAAUAGGGAGAUAGAAGACUUGAAGUUCAGCAAGUCUACAUUAGAGAGACAGAGGGAGACACUAGAGGGUGAACUGAGUGCAGGAAAACAAGAGAUCUCUGGGCUGAAGUCAACAGUUGCACAACUCACAUCAGCUCAGGCUGGACUGAAUGCAGAACUCACUGCAACAAAGCUCUGCUUAGAGCAAGCUGUCCAGGCAGGGAAGCUGAAGGAUGAAGAGAUAGCAAGCUUGAAAAAGGUGGUUGCAGGUCAACAAGAAAUUAUUGCUAAUUGCAAUGCAGAAAUGAGAGCACACGAGACAGAAAGAAGGAAAUUACAUAACACAAUUCAGGAACUGAAGGGAAACAUCCGUGUGUUCUGUCGUGUGCGUCCACUGCUGGUUGAUGAGACUCUGGGGACAGAUGGUGUCAUACCCCACAUCAACUUCCCUGACACCAAGGAGCAGAAAAUGCUGGAGAUAGAAAAAGUGGGAGAUGCGGCUCUCAAUGAGAGCACUGUAAGUGCCAGGCGUGGAGGCAACAACUGCCAGGGCAAAUUUGACUUCAGUUUUGACCGUGUCUUUGCCCCAGACUCCACACAGGCUCAGGUAUUUGAAGAGAUCUCCCAGCUAGUGCAGAGUGUCCUGGAUGGGUACAAUGUGUGCAUCUUUGCAUAUGGACAGACGGGCUCAGGAAAGACACACACCAUGGAAGGCGGCUCUGAUAAUGCAGCAGAAAACAGGGGUAUGAUACCCAGGGCAGUGGCACAGAUAUUCCAGACGGGACGGGAGCUGGAGGAGAAAGGGUGGAAGUAUACAUUUGAGGCUUCGUUCCUAGAGAUUUACAAUGAAACCAUCAGAGACCUACUUGGUAAUGGUAAAGAUGACCAAAAGUAUGACAUCAAGAUGACAGGAAGCAACUCCAAUGAUGUCAUGGUCACCAACCUGACUCUUGUCCCUGUCAGUUCAGAAAAUCAGGUCCAUUCACUGCUGGAGAAGGCAUCUCACAACCGUGCAGUGGCAGAAACCAAGUGUAAUGAAAGGUCAUCGCGAAGUCAUAGUGUGUUCAGACUGAAACUUACAGGCAGCAAUGAGCUAACUGGGGAAGGAUGCCAAGGUACACUGAAUCUGAUAGAUCUUGCUGGCAGUGAGAGGCUGAAGGAGUCUGGCUCAGAGGGACAGAGAUUGAAAGAGACACAGGCCAUCAACAAAAGUCUCAGUAACCUGGGGAAUGUAAUCAUGGCUCUGGCUAAUAAGGAAUCACAUAUACCAUACCGAAACAGUAAGCUGACCUACCUGCUCCAAAACUCUCUGGGAGGUAACAGUAAAACUCUCAUGUUUGUCAACAUCUCACCAAAAGAAGAAAACAUCCAAGAGACCCUCUGUUCUCUGCGAUUUGCUACAAAAGUUAAUCAGUGCAGUAUAGGGACAGCCACCAAGAAGGUGAAGUAGGUACAUUGACAGUGACAUUCUCACAGUAGUCAUCCAGCUAUAAUGUGCCACAUGGAAUGAAGAGUUAUGUUUGAAUUCCUACCAAUUUUACAGCCUAUCAUAUACACAAUCUGGCUACUGUUGGACACCACGUUUUAUUGGACACCUGAAUUGUGCCACACGUUGGGUGAUAUUAACAUCACUUGAAUGCAUGCUGUAAUAUGGCUAUUUUCAGUGACAGUUUACUUGUAUGUGACUGGUGAAUGUGGGAAUGUGUAAGGUGCCCACUGUGCUAUAUGUUAAAUGCAUACUAUUUGCAAGCCUAUUGGUUUGCACUUUUUAGGUACAGCUGGGUAUGAUUUUUAGUAAGUUGAAUUUGUAUACAUUAACAUUUUAGUAAGCUAUAACAUAAAUGUCAAUUUUUUUACGUGACAGCCCAGUUUUCACCGAGUUGCAUAUGGCAGUGUUUUCAUUGUAACUUCUCACUUAUGCUGGUUGAUUUUACUGCUCAUGUCAAAUGGGUCAUCUGCAUGAUUUUAUCAAGUACUUUUUUAGUCAGUGAGAUGACGAAACCUGCCAAUGUAUUUGGUGCUGGUCUUUCAUGAUAAAGCAUGGGCCAAUUUUACACACAAUAUAUUUUUAAUUUUUAUUUUGGUCUGAUUAUAUGCAUUGAAAUUAUUUAUGCACAUAAUUUUGAAUACACUGAAGUAUCAGACAUGCUGAAAACUUUUCAGAAUGGCCGGACAUUUGGACCGGCAGUAAUGAAAAAUUUACCGGACCGAAUGGA